ACGGGCUCCAAGAUGGCGGCGCCGGAGGAGCGGCUCGUGUCGGAGGGCGAAGGCGGCGCCCCGGGCUCGGCGCGGCUCUCCCCGGCCCCGCUGCCGGAGGCCGCCGAGCCGCUGGCGCCCAUGGAGCCGCCGCCUCAGAGCAACACGCUCAUGGGGCUGCCCAUCGUGGCCAUCGAGAGCAUCCUCAGCUUCCUGUCCUACGAUGAGACGAGCCAGCUGCGCCUGGUUUGUAAACGAAUGGACUUGGUUUGCCAGAGGAUGUUAAAUCAGGGAUUUCUGAAAGUGGAAAGAUACCACAACUUGUGUCAAAAGCAAGUCAAAGCUCAACUUCCAAGACGAGAGUCAGAAAGGAGAAACCAUUCAUUAGCUCGCCAUGCAGACAUCCUCGCUGCUGUAGAAACGAGACUCUCUCUCUUAAAUAUGACUUUCAUGAAGUAUGUGGAUUCCAAUCUCUGUUGCUUCAUACCUGGAAAGGUAAUAGAUGAAAUUUAUCGAGUGCUAAGAUAUGUAAACUCUACAAGAGCUCCUCAGAGAGCUCAUGAAGUUCUUCAAGAACUAAGGGACAUUUCCUCCAUGGCUAUGGAAUAUUUUGAUGAGAAGAUUGUUCCAAUACUGAAAAGAAAGAUGCCUGGGUCAGAUGUAUCGGGACGUCUAAUAGGAACUGCCCCAGUUCCAGGGCCUUCUGCAGCACUGACAACAAUGCAGCUGUUCUCCAAGCAGAGCCCUUCCAGGCAGGAAGUCACCAAGCUGCAGCAGCAGGUGAAAGCCAACGGCACGGGCCUGACGGCGCUGAAGCGGGAGAUCUCGGAGCUGCGCGUCAAAGUGCAGGAGCAGCAGAAGCAGCUCCAGGAUCAAGACCAGAAACUGCUUGAGCAAACCCAAAUCAUUGGGGAGCAGAACGCCCGCUUGGCCGAGCUGGAGCGCAAGCUGCGAGAGGUGAUGGAGAGCACAGUAGGCAAUUCCUCAGGUUCCGGCUCAAAUGAACAAUCUCCACGGAAACGGAGGAAGGCGGUGGAUUCCACAGACUGUCCUAGGAAAUCUAAACGCCUUCGGAACAGAAAAUAACUGGGGAGGAAAUGGCGCCUUCAGGAGGAUACACUGCUCUAGUAGCCUGAGCAGCCCUGCGUGUUUGGAUACUGUGACCAGCUUCAUGGUGUCACUUAGGCUGCUGGCUCUUCAAAACACCACUUAGACUUGAACAGUAAUUUUCUUUCAGUGACUUUUCCCCUGCUUUCUAUAUGGGUGGGCCUAAUGCACAGAAUCUUUAAGAUUUGCAAUAGCUACAUACUAACCAGACCUGCUCUGUUAUGUUUUGAGGGGUUAACCUUUUUUUUCCGUGCAGAUGUGUUUUAAAGUAAACUUAUUUGUGUUUAUGCAUAUGUUCACAUGAAAUCUUAAAUAAAUUGUCUUAACUGACUAAAUGGUUAAGAGUAAAAACAGAUGUCCUGCUCACUUGAAGGAAAGAUCCGCUUUUAAAACCUUGUUUUUGAGAACUUGACCUUUUUUGUUACAAGUGACCUUGUCUGGAAUGUCUGAAAAGUAGUUAAUACUUUUUGGGGUUCUCUGUAAUGAGUAAAACUGACUUCUUAAGCUACAGUAUUGGCUAUAUAUUUUUGUAAACUUCCAUGGAAGGGCCUUCUAUCCAGUCUUCACAUGCACACACUCUGGUUCUAGGUCUUGGGAGCCAUAUUCUACAUUUGCAUGGAUAGAUGCAUGUACAGCUUUGUCAGCCUGCCAAAAGCACUUGCCUGAAACUGUUCCAAACUCUGGGAGAGAGCACAGAGAUCUGUCAAGCAAUUCCUUUGUUCCUCAGCCAUGACUCAGUCUCUGCUUUCAGCACAGUGACUUCCUUGCAGCGAGGUGGUCUGGGGAGGCCAGCAGCAGGAGCGUUUGAGCCUGGGCUGUGUGGCCACUCACCCUGCCUGGAAGGCAGGGAUUUAUUGUUAGCCAAAGCUGGAGAAUGGAGAGGCUGCCUAUGCAUCACUUGGGUCAUAGGCCAACACCUACAAAUUGUCCCUGGAGUCACCAAGCUCUCGGAGCAUCAUUUGAGUGAAAUGCUGUAUUAUGGGAAAACUUAAACUAUUUUGUGUGUCUGUGUUGGGGUUAGGGUGGAAAUUUCUCUGUAACACUGAUGACAAUACUCUAAGCUUUCCUUAUCCUAAAAGAUAAAUCACUUCAGACUUCACUGAAAAGGUAAAUCACUUCAGAGCUUUAAUUUCUUUUGCACUUCUGUUUUGAGCUUAUAACUGGAAAAGCAUGUCUUGCACUGUUCAGUCUCUCUGGUCACUUUAACCACCUCAGAGCUGUGUACAGUGAUUAUUCCCCCCCACCAUCUGUAUAUUUUUGGAAUCUUAUACAAAUACCAUUGUCCUUGGUUUUGUUUUAAUGUACUAAACUAUGUAGCUUUAUAAUUUGACUUAUGUUUUCUUUUUUAACCAUCUGCUCCUUUGUCUUUAGGUGGUUCUGAAUUCAACUUGGUAUGGCACUGAAAUUGCAAAUGCUGCAUUUGUAGCUGUUCACAAUCUUGAUAUUACUGCUGUGGGUUAAAGUGCAAGUUCAUUUUAUAUGGCUGUAAGCAUAACCUAGUGGCUGUAUUUAAAGCACCAAACAAAUCAGAACUUGUCUGGUCAGAUGUUAUGUAAUUGUGGGAAACUGCCAUUUUUCCUGAAAGCUCAGCUACAAUUUUUACUUCUAAAACAUAGCUUGUACCGGACGUAACAUUGCAAAUGCCUCAUAUUUGACAGACAUUUAGCUUUCAAAUAAACUUCUCGAGUAGUUUGAGUCUUUUCCAAAAAAAA